AUGUUCCUCAACAGAAACAGAGUCGGCCGUGCUCUUUCUGCCUUCGACCACGCCAGCCAUCGCUGGGCAGCCAUACCUUUGCGCGACCCGCAUGACCCAAUCACCCAGAGGCCUUCUUCUUCUCCCCUAGCAGAUGCUCACGCUGUCGGCAAGCAGAUGCUUUCCCUCACAUCUUGGAAUAUCCAGGCCUCCCAGUCAAAGCCCGUCGCACGCUCCGAGCUCAUCCUCGACCACAUCCUCAAAGGACCCAACUUUCCCGACAUUAUUCUUCUCCAAGAAGUCGCGUCUAGGGUCCGGCAGUCUCUCCUCAGCGACCCCAGACUAUGCCUGGCACAGUCCUACGUCUCCUCAACGUCCACCUCGACUCCAGCGACGCGCAGUUCAGGCGUGCGCUCCAGAUGCUGGUGCUGGCUGGCUGGCCUCCUGCGCGAGCCCGGAUGCAGCGGCGGCAUCAUCGCAGGCGAUUUCAACGCCAUCCACCCUCACGAUCAUACGCUCGUCGACCAACACGGGCUGGUCGAUGCCUGGGUCGCGCUGCACGGGCCUAAUGGAGGAGCUACAUGGAGUGUCGGCGGCGUCGAACUCGAGGACGACGGACACAAGCCAGGCAGAUUGGACAAGGUCGUCAUGUUGGGCUUGCAGCCUGACGAGAUCGAGGUCCUCCAGCCUGGUCUUAUCAGCGCCUAUACGCCCUGGAGAGACCACUGCGGGCUGCGCUGCACCUUCACCGUCUAA